AUGAAUAUCUUUGGCCAAGAAGCUACUGAAGAGCGAGCAGAGAGUGCGCGUCUCUCAUCUUUUGGAAUGAACAAGAUCCUUCAAUCGGGUUCGACGGGUGAAGUAAACGUGACUAACGACGGCGCCACUAUUCUCAAGUCGAUUCAACUCGACAACGCGGCCGCCAAGAUUUUGGUAAAUAUUUCCAAAGUCCAGGAUGAUGAAGUCGGAGAUGGAACGACGAGCGUCUGCGUGCUUGCUGCCGAGUUGUUGAGAGAGGCGGAAAAGCUUGUGUUGUCCAAAAUACACCCGCAGACUAUUAUUGAAGGAUUUAGGAUCGCGAGUGCCGCCGCACUGAAGGCGCUGGAGGGGUCUGCUGUGGAUAAUGGUGCCGAUGCUGAAAAGUUCCGCGCGGACUUGUUCAAUAUUGCGAGGACAACCCUCUCCUCAAAAGUUCUGUCCCAAGAUAAGAAUUAUUUUGCGAACCUUGCUGUAGACGCGGUUUUGAGGUUGAAGGGUUCUACGGACCUUGAACACAUCCAAAUAAUCAAGAAACUCGGGGGAAAGCUAACGGACUCUUACCUCGACGAAGUCCCAAAGAGACUUGAGAAUGCUAAAAUUUUGAUUGCCAACACUUCUAUGGACACGGACAAAAUCAAAAUAUUCGGGGCCCGUGUCAAGGUGGAUGGUACCGGCAAACUUGCGGAACUUGAACGUGCAGAAAGGGACAAGAUGAAGGCGAAAGUGCAAGCGAUCGCCGCACACGGGAUCAACGUAUUCGUCAACCGUCAAUUGAUUUAUAACUACCCCGAGUCCCUUCUUACUGAAGCGGGAAUCAUGGUUAUCGAGCAUGCUGACUUCGAGGGAGUCGAGAGGUUAAGUCUUGUAACUGGUGGAGAAAUUGCCAGUACGUUCGAUAGGCCCGAGCUUGUGAAGCUCGGCAAAUGUGACGUGAUUGAGGAGAUUAUGAUUGGUGAGACAAGCGUGUACUGUCGUCCUGAGAGGAUCUACAUCACAAAUGUCGAUGAAGCCGAACGAUCACUUCACGAUGCCCUAAGCGUUCUCUCUCAAACUGUCAAGGAAACGCGCAUUGUUCUUGGCGGAGGGUGCUCCGAGAUGCUCAUGGCCGUUGCAGUCGACGAAGAAGCCAAGAAGGUAGAGGGCAAGAAGCUAUUGCUGUUGAGGCGUUUGCUAGAGCACUCAGGCAGGCAAAUCCCAACUAUUUUAGCUGAUAACGCAGGCUAUGACUCUCUGACCUUGUCGCCCGUGUGGCGUGCAGCACGAUUCCAUCCAGACAUGAACCUUGGAACAAUUGGGUCUAUGCGUGACCUGGGAAUUACCGAGAGCUAUAAGCUGAAACGACAAGUUGUGAACAGCGCGAGCGAGGCCGCCGAGAUGAUCAUCAGGUACGACUUAAACCAUGCCAAGUCUCGCGGACUUGAGUUGAAAUAUUUUGGUCCCAUAGGGUCGAUACAAUUUACGGGCCACGCCCAGGAAGCGUGA